AUCACAAUGUACAUUCUAUAUUUGACUCACAGAGUCCAUAGUGGUCUACAGCCGACAGACAUACUGAAUUCUGUAUCAUGAUGGAGUUACGAGUCUAUGGAUUGGGGUACUGGGAUUGUGUUCUUGCUUUCAUUGGGAAAACACACAGAAGGAGAUCAUACUUUCUGUAAUAGGUGGGGUUGGUACCGGGUAGCUCUCACUCGGGAAGCCAAAGUCCAUUAGACCAAGAGGGAACCCCCGUGGGCAGAGCAAUUGGUCUCUGGCAGAGCUAUCAAGCGUGACAUUUCCAUGCAUGGUUGACAAGGAUAGUGUGCAGAUGUCAAAGCUAUUUGAAGCUUUGCCAGAGUGUGGAUAUAAUAAGGAAGGACAUGAGGAUCAGAGAGAGCAAAGCAAAGAAGACCAGUCGACGUCUAGCAUUCGUGAAGCACUCCUGUCCCGUUACCUAAGGCCAAGAAUCGUAUAGAUGUAUGGUAAUUGUUAUGAAUAUUAAUGCGUGGGGAUGGAGUCAUUAAUAUACCUAUUAUAAACUUACACAUAUUGUAAUUUCCUUUGUUUAGAAUUGUUUAGAAUUAAACAUUGCUUUAUGGGCCAUGGCCAUUGUAGUAAGACUCAAAACUCAAAGUCAUCUGGAAAAUUCCACACAAUUCUGACUUUCAUUCACAUAUGAUCUGAUAAUGUGUCGGGUAUAUAGUAUGGUAGGUUAAACAGCACUAGUGUUAUUGGUUUCUACAGAGGGUCAGUCUGUAUGUUGACUUCAAUGUAGUGAGACCCACACAGACACGGUAAGACUGAGCUGUACUUUCUUUUGAGGGCAAAUGUCUAAUCCAAUGUUAAUACGUAGAUAUGGAGGUAAUGUUUUGUAAAACUAGCUGAUAGGUUAUACUCAAUAGAAAGGUCAUUGGAAAGUGCUGUCUGGUUUUAUUCAUUAACCAAAUAUUGACAUUUUAUUUGUACUUCUGUUCCAAGACUAAGGCAAAGACAACAAGCAGGUUGAUUUGUGUGGGAGGGUGUGUUAACUUUCAUUAAAGUAAAAAUCUGUCAUUAUAUAACUGGUAGUAUUUGAGGCAAUUAUUGUUGCGCAAACUCAUGCUCUAAGUUAUCGAUACAACCAAAGGUUAAUUUAUGGAGCAGCCAAGUUCUUCAGCUUACUGACAUGAUUGAAUAGAACUUUUGGCUAACCCUGAAUGUGCUCAUUGAACUGCUGUACAACACAAAAUAUUUAUUGAAAAGCUGUCUUAAAUGUUGACUUCAAUGUAGUGAGACCCACACAGACACGAAUUUACAAAGUAUUGGAACCAUAGACAAAUGGAUGGACAAGGUGCCCUGUUGGAUGAUGCCUAGGCAUAUGGACUGUCCAGGGCAUUAUUCAAGGUGGCACCUCCGGGCCAUCGUAGGUCUGUUCUCCCAGUGCCCCAGCCGCACUGAAACUCUACUGAAGAAGAUCAAGAUUUACAUGAACAGAGAGGCAGAGUGGAGAGACCAGAAGCACAAGCUGAAGAGACCUCCUCCAGAGUGGAUUAGCUAUUUGGCCCUCCUCCUCUCCAUCAGCUUCUUCCGUCCCGUGUGGGAGGGAGGAAGAGGAGCGCUUCAGUGCCUGACACUUUGCAGGCAGUGAUAAACUCUGGGCUGGGUUGGCGAUCCGCCUCUUCAAGGGCAUCCAGGAUGCCUUUGGGGAACUUCCCCUGGGCCUCUAUAGAGUCACCCAGCAUCCCUACCCAAAGAAAGUCACGAGCAAAGGUGAUGAGGUCAAUUGGAAAGCCAUAAAGAUGCUCUGCCUCCCCCUCUGGGUUGUAGUCCUAGCCACUGUAAUUUCCAGCAUUGGCACAUGUACCCUGCUCUACUUUUAUGGCUUUGAGCUCCAAACAAAUGGCACACGCAGUUGGGUCAAUGUGCUGGAAUCGAUGGCCAUAGCAACACUGGGGCCUCCCGCAGUCUUCGCCCUGAGGACUAUUCUGCAGACAUCUAAGCACCUGCUCUACACCAUGGGCAGCAGCAUCCAGCACCAGAUGAACAGCUCGGCCAUCAGCGACCAGAUGGGCUUCAUGAACAAGGUGAGGAAGGAGGUGGGCUUCAUGGUGGAAAUCACCCACUUCAUGGAGGUGUUCGAGGGGAGGAGGAUCCGUGUGGUGCUGGAGAUCACCCACCUGGACCGCUGCGGCCCAGACAGGGUGGUCAGCACCUUGGCGGGGGAGAAUGUCCCGUUUGUGUCCAUCCUAGCUGUGGACCCCGGAGUGGUGGUGGGCUGUGUGGAGAGCACCAUGUGGAUCUGUGGGCUGACAUCCAGCGGGUACGACUUUGUAAGCAAGAUGGUCACCCUGCCCUUCUCAGUGCCUGAGAUGUCCCCAGACUCCAAAUGCAGAGCUUUUAAAACCCUCGCUGACAGCUAUCUAGAGCCUAACUGGGAAUGUUUUAAGAGAGGAAAACAUAGAGCUGGGAAUUUCUCUGCAUUUGAAAAAGGCAGGCUUGAUGACAGCCUUGUGCCCUUCAUUGGAAAGGGCAAAAGUGAGACUGAGCUACUAGAAAAUGGCAUCCAUUGGGAAAUCUGGGCCAUUAAAAUCAAAGCGCUAACAAAUGAGGCAUUACACGCCAUAUAUACCAAAUACAGCCCUCAUGUUUAUCUUAUGGGAAACCAUGGGCAUAUGAGAAGGAUAAUAAACUCUGUAAGGUUGACAGUCAUCGUCAUGGAUGCUAUGAAUUACAGGGGCUUCUCCAAAGCUAAAGACCUUGCUGCCUGGGUGGUGAUGGCCAACCUCUGGCCCUGCCGCCUGGGCUGGAUCCUGCAAUGCUCAGAGGACCGCCAGCAGAGGGCUGACACUGAUGGCACUGAUGGUGACAUCAACCAAUACUGUGAUCAACCAGGCCAAGACCUUGUUCAGUGAGACCAGUCUGGAGCUCCACAUGCUCAGAGAUCGUCUGGAGACCGUUCUAGAGCAGGAUGGAGACCCCGAGCUGUUUGAGAGGUUCCUGAAGAGGGGUAGUCCCAUGCAUGCCAUCGCCAAUGAUGGAACUUCCCACACACCAGAAUAUUUUCCCAUGAACCACCGUUGGCCCAUUAGAACAAGUAAAUGACGACCAACAACGUCUAAUGACACCAUUUAACAAUAUAUGUCAAUGUGUCUCAAUGUCAUGUCUGCAUUGUUCUCUAUAUGGAGAAGCUGAACAUUCCAGUGAAAUAUCAGCAGCUGCGGACAGAGAAUCAACUCGAAGGAGCGUCUCUGGUGUAUGGGCGCAGCAGUGAGAUCAGACAUGCCCUUCAGAUGACCUUGGGAGAAUGGAUUACUUUCAGCUCACACUUCCUGGAAGCCAAGCCAGAUGUUCAACCUCACGCGACAUGACAGUGACUGCAAAAGCAUUGACUGAUCAAACCCUCUGGAUUCAAAAUGAUCUUUCAUUUUAUAACAUUUUUUAUAUCUUUGGGAAGACUACACUGUAUAGGGAUGGAAUGCAUCUUAAAAGUUUUGAAACUGUUCAACGUUCCCUGAAGUAGAAGCCUAUUGCAGUUCAAUGACUGACUUGUGAAUACAGCAAUGCACAAUGAA